AUGCAAACUCGACGACGCCUUCAUCAAACGGACCAGCAGGAAUACAACAAUACCAAUUAUCUUAACCAGAGUGUGUCCAGCGCACCAUUGGAACAGCAGCAGCAGACACUAAACCAACCAGGACACGAGCACUCACAAUUGUUGUACGCAAGUGUGCAACCCAGAAGCGAGGCUGCCAUUAACAUUGGCGAAGCGCAGUCGUUGACUGACGCGGACGACAAGUACGGCAAGGCUGCGCGCCAGUGGAAUCUAUUCAGUGGCAUCUCCAGCCGCUCAGGUCAGGCACUGCGCACGUAUAUACAACAGCCGUUAAGCGCCGCCGCUGCCGUUGUAACCGGCAAUAGUCCGUUGCACGCGGAUAAUAACAAUAGCAGUGCCUAUAAUUUUGUUGCUUCGACAGCACAGCAGGAAGCAGAGCAAUUUGAUUCGGAACCGGAGCAAGAAAUCUUCAUAAUGGCUGCUCGAGACCGUACAGGAGAGUUCGCAAAUGCGAUACGUGCGCUGCAAUCACGAAACAUCACACGUGCUGUUAACAUCCGAGAUCCGCGGAAGGCCAAGCAAGUGCAGAGCUACUCGGAAUUCAUGAUGGUGGCACGCUUCAUUGGAAAAAAUAUAGCCAGCACGUAUGCCAAAUUGGAGAAAUUGACCAUGCUGGCCAAAAAGAAGAGUUUGUUUGACGACAGACCGCAGGAGAUACAGGAGCUAACAUACAUCAUUAAGGGUGACCUAAAUGCAUUGAACCAACAGAUUGCGCGCCUGCAGGACAUCUCCAAGGAUCAGCGUCGAACCAGCAAUGGCAAGCAUCUGGUAUCACAUUCCUCCAACAUGGUGCUGGCUUUACAAUCGAAGCUGGCCAGCAUGAGCACGGACUUCAAACAGAUACUAGAAGUACGCACGGAAAAUCUCAAGCAUCAGAAAACGCGUCGCGAUCAGUUCAGCCAAGGACCUGGCCCUCUCGCUGCGCAUACAGUUUCACCCUCAACCGCCAAACAGGGUUCACUGCUGCUUAGCGAGGAGAACCAGGCCGUUAGCAUAGACAUGAGUGGCAGCGACACAACGCCGCUGCUCGGAGCACCAGCCCGUCUGCAGCAACAACAGCAGCUGGCCAUUUAUGAUGAGUCUGAUACGUAUGUGCAGCAGCGUGCGGAGACCAUGCAAAACAUUGAAUCGACUAUUGUGGAGCUGGGCGGCAUUUUUUCACAGCUGGCGCAUAUGGUCAAGGAGCAGGAGGAGAUUGUGGAGCGCAUUGAUACGAACGUAGCAGAUGCGGAACUGAAUAUUGAGGCAGCGCAUGGCGAGAUCCUCAAAUAUUUCCAGUCCGUAUCCAAAAAUCGUUGGCUCAUGAUUAAGAUAUUUGGCGUUUUGAUAUUCUUCUUCUUGUUCUUUGUUGUUUUUAUGUCAUAAUAUGGCAAUAACAAAACUCGUACCCAGCUUCAGCUCGACAUCCAACCAAUUAUAAAUUAUUGUGAAUACAUUGCAAGCGUAUGGAUAUAUAUACAUAUAUUUUUUAAUGAAACAAAGUUUGAUUUGUACAAAAAAGCGAAAAGAAAGCAUUAAUCAUUAUUGUUUAUCCAACAUAAAUCCAAAACGAGGUAACGUCUGUAAAAUAAACUU